AGAUGGAAGAGGAAGGAGUUGUAGUAGUGGUGAGAGAGUUCAACCCAGAGAAGGAUUGUUCAGAAGUGGAGAAGAUUGAUAAUAACUGCGAUGUCGGCCCAAGUGGCAAAAUUUCUAUUUUCACAGAUUUGCUGGGUGACCCCAUUUGCAGGAUUCGUCAUUCUCCUGCUUAUCUCAUGUUGGUAGCUGUAAUGGCUAAAGAUGAAGAAGAGAGAGAGAUUGUAGGGGUUAUAAGGGGAUGUAUCAAAACCGUUACAUGUGGUAAAAAGCUCUCUAGAAAUGGAAAGAACAACGGUGGCAACGAUUCCCUUAAACCCUUUCCCGUCUAUUCUAAGCUCGCCUAUGUUUUAGGCCUUCGCGUUUCCCCUUCUCACAGGCGAAUGGGAAUCGGAUUGAAGCUCGUUUGUAGAAUGGAAGGAUGGUUCAGAGAGAAAGGAGCAGAGUACUCCUACAUGGCAACAGAGAGAGAUAACGAAGCUUCAUUAAAGCUAUUUACAGAAAGAUGCGGUUACGCAGAGUUCCGUAACCCUUCCAUCUUGGUUCACCCAGUCUUCGCUCACAAAGUCUCCAUCAGUAAUCGAGUUCGCAUUUUCGAACUCUCCCCUUUCGAUGCCGAGUCUCUCUAUCGCCACCGAUUUUCCACCACCGAGUUUUUCCCUAGAGACAUCGAUUCCAUACUCCACAACCGUCUCAAUCUCGGUACCUUCAUCGCUGUUCCUUCCUCUGGCUACCUUGAGUCAUGGCCCGGUGUGGAUCAUUUCCUCUUAAACCCACCUGAGUCAUGGGCUGUUCUUAGUAUUUGGAACAGCAAAGAAGUGUUCACCGUGGAGCUCAGAGGUGCUUCCUUUGCUUUACGAGGACUUGCCAAGACAACCAGGCUCGUCGAUAAGGCUUUCCCUUGGCUUCGUAUACCAUCGGUGCCGGAGUUGUUUAGGCCAUUUGGGUUUCAUUUCUUGUAUGGGUUGGGAGGUGAAGGUCCUAAUGCGGAGAAAAUGUUGAAGGCUCUGUGUGGGUUUGCACAUAACUUGGCAAAGGAGAAAGAGUGUGGUGUAGUAGCGACAGAAGUAUCAACCAGAGAGCCAUUAAAGGAAGGGAUUCCAUACUGGAAGAAAUUUUCUUGUGAGGAAGAUCUUUGGUGUAUGAAGAGACUUGGGGAAGAUUACAGUGAUGGGUCUGUUGGGGAUUGGACCAAGUCUCCUGCUGGUAGUUCAAUUUUUGUGGAUCCCAGAGAAAUCUAAAUCUUCUUC